CCGAUCGAACGGACAUUUGCGUCAAACCAGACGGUAGCGAAGAGGAGCAACACCUUGAGUUCCCCAUCGACAACCAAGUCUCCGCUACCACUCUGUUGCUCGCUGAAUCGGCAUUGCUUAGCGCUUCAGUGCAAGUCAUUUUCCCAUUCCGACAUCGGAGUCCCAACAAUUUUUUUUUUUAAAUUGAUUCAUCACUAUUCGCUAUGCGAGUCGGACGUGGCGCGAAUGGCUCACGACGACACACAGAUCCACCACGAGGAUCGAUUGCAGUUGGUGAAGCACAAAACGAGGAACCGACCGGGUUAAUGACGAGGGUUUAUGGUCGGGAACGGUUGGUGUUUUCGAGACAGCAGAUCUGUGACGACCUGUUGAAUUCAUUACCGAAACUACACGCAGCACUACGCAGUAACCCGUCCAGGAACGAGCAGCUCUGGAGACGUACGUCGAGUGUCAAGGCAAGAAUCAGCACGUUCGAGUUGGUGGGGAUGCCACCGAAUGACGGCGGCGCGGACGGGGCGGAAGUGCAUUAUGCCGUCGCGGCGUCAACCAAGUUGAAGUGCCAUAUGAACGAGGUACUCAAUGUGCUUGUGAGUCAGAAGACGAGCGACUAUGAGGCGACGAUGCAGGCGAUGAGUGGUAAGCGAUUCGAAGGAGGAGAAGUGUUGUAUCGAGAACGGUGUCGCCUGGUACCCAAUGGAGUCAAGGGCCCCGGGACUCAAGCGCUUCUGGGCGUUCAGAUGGCCGCGUUCCGUCCGAGUUGGCAGCUCCGCUUGGCUCCGAGUCAUCUCUGUCACCCGGAGCAUCCGAGUUCACAGAGACUGUGCUUUGCGUCGUUAACGCAUCGAUAUUCGGAAUCCGAUCGAGCGGUACACGUCAUGAAGACGCUACCGAAGCGAGUACACGACCAGGUUAUCCCUCGAGAGUACCGUUCAGCACUUCGACGGGAUGUCGAUCACCUCGGAAUCGCGUAUGACAUAGUAUCCGAGACCAUAGAAGGACGGCAAAUGACGAGAGUAUUCGUGCAUGCGUACGUGGCUGCUUCUAGUCUGGAGAACUCUGGGUAUUCUCCAGCUCUGGAUCAUCGCAAUGGUCGGCCACGUAGCCGUACGUCACCUGAACCCUGGGAAGACAGAGGACCCUGUAUUGUCAAUCCAGAGUCCAAGCACGUGCUGGACUUACUGACGCAGCAGCUAAACGAGUUCGAACGUGUUAUUCGACGUCGUCGCCUUGGUUUCCAGUCAUUCAUCUACUUCCAGCCUUCUGUGAGCCUUCAAAGCGGCGAGUCUAGCUACCCUCUACUCUCCAAUAUUUGUCAUAUCUGCGUCAAGCGCUUUUCGCUCUUCCGACGCGAGUUCUAUUGCCAAAUUUGCGGUCAUCUGGCGUGUGGAGAGUGCUCUCAACUCUAUGAAGUCGAAGCUAGGAUCGGCCAAGUGCGUAUGAAUCGAGUGUGUCUGAACUGCGUCGUUCAUGUCGACUCGUGCACUUUCGCGGAUGAAGACAUCAUCGCAGCACUGGGACCUACCGUCGUGUCUUUGAGGAACAAAACACAGUGGGCUGAGGUCUUUGGAAGUGGGGAUGUCGAUGACGAUAGUGAUACCGUUCUCAAGUCAUCAUACGCUGGUUCAGUGGACGACGUUGAUUGUGUUUCCUAUUCAAAAGAUGUUGGCGGGCGUUGUGGUCUGGUACAGCUUAGUCACGUCUUGCUGGGAACGAAACAAAGCGGUCGAUAUCAAUGGAAACCAGGGCAGUCUGCAGCGCGAGAAAGCGUUCAGACACAACUUGAGCGGUACGUGAAUCGGACGCUUCGUGAUUCAGAGCACAAGUAUCAAUCGUCGAGCUUGAAGACCGCGGAUCUUGUACGUGACUAUCGCUACACGUUCGACGCGAUACAAACAACGCUUGAAGGACAUCCGCUGCCACCGACGCCGUCUCCAGCACGUGAAGCCCGUCGAUUGCACCACAUUCAAGCGUCGGGGGUUCUAGAACCAGAGUACGAUCACUCCGCGUUGGAUCUACUGGCUCAAGUGGCAGCCGAGCGUCUCAACUGUCCCGUCGGCUUCGUGUCUCUCGUGGACGAGACCUUUUUCCAUUCCGUUGGAACGUAUCCACCUCGUACCUUCGGCCUGCAAGCGCCUCGAACCGAGAGUAUGUGUGCACACACAGUCUACGUGGACAAACCGCUGGUGAUCAAGAACGCACAGUGCGAUCUCCGCUUCGCGCAACUUCCCGUCGUCCGUGACCACGGCAUUCGUUUCUACGCCGGCUUCCCGAUUCGGGCACCGGACGGGUCUAUCGUGGCUUCAUUGUGCACUUCGGAUCGCGUUCCACACAACAAUAUUUCAUCAGCAGACUACGCAGUCAUGCAGACGCUGGCACGGAUCGCGUCUCAGCUCGUAGCGCCACGGAAUCGCGUGGUGGGCGUUCCGUAUCAGCCACGAGUUCGUUCGAACUCGAACUGUAGAAUGACGCACAGAACUCGCAGUCGUAGUCGUAGUCGAAGUCAAAGCAAGAGAGAACCUGCAGUCACAACAAUGCAGUUAGAUACCAUCCACAGCGGAAAAUACUGCGUGUGAGACUAGACUUUAAAAAAAUGUUUAUAUAAAAGAAAUUUACGCGACGUCCACA